AUGUGUGUGUGUGUGUGCAUGUGUGUAUAUGUAUGUAUGUGUCUGUGUGUGUGUGUGUGUGUGUGUAUGUGUUUGUAUGUAUGUAUGUGUGUGUGUGUGUGUGUGCAUGUGUGUAUAUGUAUGUAUGUGUCUGUGUGUGUGUGUGUAUGUGUUUGUAUGUAUGUAUGAGUGUGCGUGUGUGUGUGCAUGUGUGUAUAUGUAUGUGUGUAUGUAUGUAUGUAUGUGUCUGUGAGUGUGUGUGUGUGUGUGUGUCUCUCUCUGUGAAUGUGUGUGUGUGUGUGGAUAGCACGUGCAUCUGCUCCUGUGGUGUGUAAUGAGAUUUCCACUCGUUAAAGUCUUUAGAUUAAUAAUCUGACCCUGCACACGACCUGAGAUCUGUGCACAGACGAGACAGAAGCACACCAGUCAUGGACGGAAGAAUAUUCAGAUCGUCCUGAUGUUGGAGAGGAAUAUCUGAAGCGUUUGUGCUUUAUUGGUGUUUGGGAGUCACAGAUGUGUAUGAUUGGAGAGAAACACACACUUGUGUGUCGCCCUCUUCUCUGCAGAUUUGAGUCAGUCCAUCUGUUCAGCAUUUGUCUGUGUGUGAUCUGUGAAACCAGGUCACUGUCUCAUUUAGAACACACACGCUCAUAGACACACACACACAUAUAAAUCACACUCAUAGACACACACACACACGUCUCACUCACAUACACACACACACUCACUCUAAAACACACUUACACACACGCGCACACACACACGUCUCACAUACACACAGAGUGGUUUCACUCUCAAACACACAGCUGAUAUCUGGUCAUUAUAAACACAAUAUCAACACAUUAACCAUCGCCAUGGAGACAGCGGUGAUGAAAUCUCUUCUGGCCCCCGUGAAGACCCUCAAACACUGUGUGAUGGGAGAGGAGGAGGAAUCCAGCUGGACCAAACGAGGGUCAAAGGGCAGGACCUGUGCGCCCCGCCUCAAUCGUGCGCCGGACCCGCACCUGCUGCGAUCCUAUCAGGCCGACCUGGAGAGAGAGAGGAAAUUACGCGAGGCGAUGAACGCUCAGAAGAACGCAGAGCGAGCGGCGAUGAGAGCGCAUUUCAGGAGGAAGUACCAGCUGACAAAGAAUGUCAAGGACGCGGAGCAGCGGCGAGCGGUGAGGGGGAAAGUGGCUCUCCCUCGUGAACUGGCUCAGAUGGUUCGUCCCGACGCUCCAGAUAAAGACGACGGCUUCAGUCUGCUUGGCGCUUUCCAAAGCCUCGUUUUCACCCGCAACAAACGGACCGAAACGCCCACGGCUGCCACCACAGAGCCCUGCAAAGUCAUAGCUGCAGAAGACAUCGAGACAGACAGAAGCAGCAUGAUCGUGUCUCGCUCGCUGCGUGUCCGUCCCGUCCGCCGCUGGGAUGCUGUGAUGAUGCAGCAGAGAUACAGCGGAGGAGAACCGCGCCGCUUCCAGGAGAUUCCCCACACCGGCAGCAACGGCUGGAUCAACUUGCUGCGCUACUGGAGAGACGGACGAUUCAAACUCCUUCACAAACACAUGGAGAACACCUUCAGAGAGCUCGGGCCCAUUUACAGAGAGUUUCUAGGUUCUCAGAACACUGUAAACAUCAUGAUGCCGAUAGAUAUCGGGGAGUUGUUCCGUUCUGAGGGUCUUUACCCGCGGCGGAUGACUCUGCAGCCCUGGGCGACACAUCGAGAGACCCGCAGACACAGCAAAGGCGUUUUCCUCAAGAACGGAUCAGAGUGGCGUUCCGACCGGCUGCUGUUGAACCGGCAGGUGAUGGUCAGUUCAGCCGUUCAGCGCUUCCUCCCACUGUUGGAUGAUGUCGCGCAGGAUUUCUGUCGUUCGCUGCGACACCGCGUGGAGACGGAGGGGGUCGGGGAGAGAGGCCGGCGCAGUAUGACCCUUGACCCCAGUCCUGACCUCUUCCGCUUCGCUCUGGAAGCGAGUUGUCAUGUUCUGUAUGGCGAGCGGAUCGGUCUCUUCUCGUCGUCUCCGUCUGAAGAGUCGGAGCGUUUCAUUUGGGCCGUUGAACGCAUGUUGGCCACGACCCCCCCACUCCUGUACCUGCCCCCCCGCCUGCUGCAUCACCUGCGCGCCCCCUUGUGGACUCAACACGCCACUGCAUGGGACGAGAUUUUCAGUCACGCUGAGGCGCGCAUACAGAGGGGGUAUCAGCGGCUACAGACACGCGCUGCAGGAGGUGGAGGGGCAGCAGGAGGCGCUGAGGGGCAGUUCUCAGGUGUGCUGGGGCACUUAAUGGAGGCGGGGCAGUUAUCUCUGGAACUCAUCCGAGCAAACAUCACAGAACUGAUGGCCGGCGGUGUCGAUACUACGGCUGUCCCGCUGCAGUUUGCCCUCUUUGAGUUGGCACGUAAUCCUGAUGUGCAGGUGAGUGUUCGAGCACAGGUGCUGUCGUCAUGGGAACAGGCAGCAGGAGAUGCUCGUAAAGCGCUGCAGGGGACACCGCUGCUGAAAGGAACCGUGAAGGAAAUACUGAGACUGUAUCCGGUGGGAAUCACCGUUCAGAGGUAUCCCGUGAGAGACAUCGUCCUGCAGAAUUAUCAUGUGCCAGCCGGGACGCUGGUGCAGGUGUGUCUGUAUCCUCUAGGCCGCAGUCACAAGGUGUUUGAGAGUCCGGAGCGCUUCGACCCGACCCGCUGGGGAGGACCUGAGAGAGGACAGCACGGUGAGGACGUCACCGUGGAGAUGGGUUCAGGAGGGGCGUUCCGCUCUCUGGCGUUUGGGUUCGGAUCCAGACAGUGUGUGGGACGACGAAUCGCAGAGAACGAGAUGCAGCUGCUGUUGUUACACAUCCUGAAGAACUUCUCCUUGAGUGUUUCAUCCACAGAAGAACUGAACACCAAAUACACACUGAUCCUGCAGCCCGAGACUCCGCCCACAAUCACCUUCACCACACUCUCACACUGUCAAUCAAUCAAUCGAUUGAUCGAUGUGACUGUCAUCAGACGUCUGGAACACCUGCUGAAGUGUGACGACGCCUUCACGACCGGAGACACGCUCAGGUAA